AUAAAUCAUUGAAAACUUCACAUUCAUACCAAACCCAAAUCCCAAAAUCCCAUUCUUAUCAUCCCCCCACCUUAUCAGUUGAUGGACCUUGCUACCACCACUCUCCCUUCUCGCUCACUUUACUUUUACUUCUCUCCCAAAACUACCCUCAGCUUCCCCACCAAACCCUCCGUUGUUUCCCUCAAGCCCAGGGGCGUUUCCGUAAUUGCCAGCGCCGGCGCUAGCCACCACUGCGAGUCUUCUAGCAGUAGCAAUAGCAAUAGCAAUAGCAAUAGCAGCCUGAACUCGCCGCUAGAGCAACGGUCACAGGCGGGGAAGUUUUUGAGCAGUGUGUUGCAGAAUCACAGGCAGUUGUUCCACGUGGCUGUCACUGAAGAACUUAAGCUCUUGGCUGAUGAUCGAAACGCCGCCGUUUCCCGUAUGCUCCUCAGCUCUCACUCUGACGAAGCCUCCCUUCACAGGAGGAUUGCACAACUAAAGGAGCAUGAGUGCCAAAUAGCUGUUCAAGAUGUCAUGUACCUGUCAAUAUUUUAUAAAUUUUCUGAAAUCAAAGUUCCUUUGGUUCCAAGGCUUUCUAGAUGCAUUUAUAAUGGCAGACUAGAGAUAUGGCCUUCGAAGGACUGGGAGCUGGAGUCCAUUCACAGCUUGGAGGUUUUGGAUAUGGUUAAGGAACAUGUCACUGCUGUCACUGGCUUGAGAGCAGAUUCUAGUGUCACAGAAAAUUGGGCAAUAACAAAAAUCACACGGCUCACGCUUGGCCAAGUAUAUGUGGCAUCCAUCUUGUAUGGCUACUUUUUGAAGUCCGCCUUGUUGAGACACUGCUUGGAGCGAACCGUAGGUUUGGCAAACCAGGAUCUUCAUCUCAGUCACAAGACCUCCCUUCACUUCCAAGAGCUGUGUUCUUAUGGAUUGGAAACCCUUCUCUUUGGCCGUGUUAGUAACAGACAAUCCGUGUCAUGUAGUCAAGGGUCAAGUAACUCGGAAAUGAAACUUGAACCAUUGAAAUGUUAUGUGAUGGGGUUUGAUCCUGAGACAUUGCAGAGAUGUGCAAAACUUAAAUCUAAGGAGGCUGUGAACUUGAUUGAGAGUCAUAGUAGUGCACUUUUUGGGGAUGAGAAGACAGGUUUAAUUGAGAAUGAUGAGGUGAUCUUGACUUCAUUUUCUAGUAUGAAGAGGUUGGUUUUGGAGGCUGUUGCUUUUGGCUCAUUCCUUUGGGACACAGAAGAAUACAUAGACAAUUUGUAUAAACUCAAGGAGAAUAAUUAGUUGAAAGGGGAGGCUUAUAAAUAGCAAAUUUGUGGCUUUUGAGUGCUUUUCUUUGUAUAUAGAGGUUCUGCCAUCUGCUUUGCUCUGGUUUGCAAGUACUCGAACAAUUUUCUGAUGUAUAGUGUACAAUAAUGUAUAGUUUUGAAUGGUAACUAUUUUCUCUCUCAUUUAUGGUC